UGUUUGGCGGUAACUAUCGGUUAUCCCAGCGCACGCGCGUCACUUCCGCAUUCUCCGAGUUCUACGGAAGUCUAGGGGCGUGUCCCAACUCGUUUCCGACGGCGCUGAUAGACGCUGAAAGGUCCACCGUAACGGUCUGAUAGCUGUGUACACAUCUGAAGAGAAGUCAGACAGGAGAUCGGACGCUGUUCUGUUUUGGUGUUCCACAUUUCCGGUUCUUGUUCUGUCCUGUUGAUGUUUUGAUGAAAACCGAACUGCGGAAAUGGAGGUCAGUCGUGUCUCAAUGAAAGUCCUGCUGUUCCUCGUGAUUAUUUUUCCUCAGACGUCAGCAGACACACACACUCUGCAGUUCCUCUACACUGCACUCACACCAGGAGAGAAUUUCACUGCUGUCGGUUUGUUGGAUGGAGAGCAGAUUGUGUAUUAUGACGUCAACAUCAGGAAGAUGAUCCCAACUAGUGAGUGGAUCGAUGUUGCUGAUGAUCGAGAUGUCUGGAAAACCCAGACACAGCUUAUGCAGAGUGAUCAGGAGAAUCUCAAACAGCUUUUGCUUACAGUCAUGAAAGACUUUAAGCACACUGAAGGAGUUCAUACUCUACAGAGGAUAUAUGGCUGUGAGCUUGAUGAUGACGGUACCGCUAGAGGAUACGAUCAGUACCGUUAUGAUGGAGAACAUUUCCUCAGUCUGGAUCUGAAAACUGGAACCUGGAUUGCAGCUAAAGAUAAAGCUGAGAUCACCAAAGAGAAGUGGGAGUCUACAGGACACCACGCUAAAUACGGGAAGCGCUACCUGGAGGAGGAGUGUAUCAAGCAGUUAAAGAAGUUUUUGGCUCCACAGUAUGAAAUAAUCGCAUGUGGAUUUGGGCCCGCACCGAGAGUGGUGGAGUGGAUUUGGGUCGUCAUGGUAACAGUUGGUCUCCUCACCAUCUUCAUUAUCUGUGUUGCUGGAGUUCCCAUUUGGAUGAAAAGAAAGAAUGCCUCUAAAUUACUUUUACCACCAGCAUUUUAAACUCCAGAUGUGUUCAUGAGGAAAUGAAAGAGAGAGAGGUGGAAGGAAUAUAGAGAUUAUAUGUCCGAUAUGAAGACACAAAGAUAUUUGUGUCAAAGAUGUGUCAGAUAUUUGCUUUUCUGAAGAAAGGCAGUGUGUGUAAAGUGUAUAAUAAUUUUGAUCAAUAGAAUUUAAUUAGUUAUUCACACCAAAGAUCUGGUAAACAUUACUACCAACAAAUAUUAAUGAGACUAUCAUCAAUCACCAAUGCUAACAAAAAAAAGAAAUGGCAAAAACAUUCUUUUGUUCUUUUCAAUGACGCAUUUUACUCACUUUGGGCUGUAGUCAAGACCGCCACUGUCAAGUCCAAGUCCUCGAGUCAAGGCCAAGUCAAGUUCGAAUCCAAAUGAAAACAAGAUUAAGCCAUGAUCAAGACCAAAAUCCAACCAUUUGUUUUUGAGGCCAAGCUUUUACUUCAACUAGUUGGCUUCAUUCAUGCAUUGCACCAAUCAUUAGGUCUGUUUUUUACAAGAAGGAAUUACUACUUCUAAAAAAAGAAGGCAACAUAUAAAUUAUUUCUUGCAAAGUCUCAGUAGAGAUCAAGAGCAUAAUUAGCAAGACCAGAGCCGAAACAAGUCCAGGUCAGUACAGUUAACAUUUUAAGAGACUCGAGUCCUACAGCCUUAUUUUACAUUGUUUUUAUAUUAUAUUAAUAAUUGUACUUUUAUUGUAUUUAUAUAUAUUCUGAGUUUGAUGGUUAUCGGUGUGCAUCAGAAUUGGAUUCACUGUGCAUGUAAAGGAUGUGAAAUGUACUGUAGUGUUUUUAGGAGGUUCAGCUAUUAAUCUGAAACUUAAACUGCAGUACUGAUCUUUUCCAGCGGAUCUGAUGCAGGUCACCGGUAGAUGUUAUUUGGUAUUUCUCUUGGGAAGUGUUAUCCUAUUUUUCAUUAUCAACAUUGUAUUGAAUAUUUUGCCAAAUAUUACAAACUGCUUCCAGAGUUUAUAUUCACAAAGCAUUACAUGUAAAGUAUAUGAUCAGCAUAGUGUAAUGCAACAGUAGAGGAAGUCAGAAAUCGCUCUAGAUGUCAUUUGCAAUCGUGUCAUUUGCAAAGUUUCAGAAAUUGUGCUUGCAAUUAUAUUAUAUAUUAUUUUUUAUAGUAUUAUAUUAUUCUUGCAUAUUUUACUUUACAUACUGCUUAAUAAAAUUGUAGCUCUGUCUUUCUUUCUUUCUUUCUUUCUUUCUUUUUGUGACUUGUAAAUACUUUGACAUUAUUUUUAAUGUCAAAUGUAGGCUCCAUAUGAUAGAGGUUCUACACCAUGGUGAUAGCUUUGUGUAAGGACAUCUGUGUUUACGGUGUUUUGUUUCAUUUAUGUACAAAUCGAAAUCCUCCUCACUGAACUGGUUUGGGUGUAUUAUGUCACUGUCUGGUCUUUGUGAUGUUCAGGUUUCUGUUUCACUGGGUUAUAAACAUCUGAAUUAACACAGGAUCUUUCAGG